UUAAUAUAAAAGAUCUUUGUCUCUCUUUUAUUAUUGCUAUUUAUUCAUUUCUCCAUAACUAAUAAUCAUCAUGACACAACAAAAAAUUGGUAUUAAGGCUAUUGAAGUUUACAUUCCUGGUCAAGCCGUUAACCAAACUGAAUUGGAAAAGUUUGAUAACAUCCCAGCUGGUAAAUACACCAUUGGUUUAGGUCAAACCAACAUGGCUUUCGUCAAUGACAGAGAAGAUAUUUACUCCAUUUCCUUGACUGUUUUAAGCAAAUUAAUUAAAAACUACAACAUUGAUACCGACAAGAUUGGUAGAUUGGAAGUUGGUACUGAAACCUUGUUGGACAAGUCCAAAUCCGUCAAGUCUGUCCUUAUGCAAUUAUUCCCAGGUAACAAUGAUAUUGAAGGUAUUGAUACCAUUAACGCUUGUUAUGGUGGUACUUCUGCCAUCAUUAACGCCAUUAACUGGUUGGAAUCUUCUUCUUGGGAUGGUAGAGAUGCUAUUGUUGUUGCCGGUGAUAUUGCCAUUUACGACAAAGGUGCUGCUAGACCAACUGGUGGUUGUGGUGCUAUUGCCCUUUUAAUUGGUCCUGAUGCUCCUAUUGUUUUCGACCCAAUCAGAGGCUCUUUUAUGGAACAUGCCUAUGAUUUCUACAAGCCAGAUUUCACCAGUGAAUAUCCAGUUGUUGACGGUCACUUCUCAUUAGCUUGUUAUGUCAAGGCUGUUGAUCAAUGUUACAAGAAUUACUCCAAGAAAUACACCAAGGAUUCUGGUAAGACUGUUGGUGUUUACGACCACUUUGACUACAAUGCUUUCCACGUUCCAACUUGUAAGUUGGUUACCAAAUCCUAUGCCAGAUUGUUAUACAAUGACUACUUGGCCAAUCCAGAAAAGUUUGCUUCUUUAAUUCCUGAAGAAACCAGAGCCGCUAUUGAUGCAUUAACUUAUGAACAAUCAUUAGUUGACAAGACUUUGGAAAAAACCUUUGUCACUUUGGCCAAGGAAGAAACUAAAUCAAGAGUUCAACCAGCUUUACAAGUCCCAACCAACACUGGUAACAUGUACACUGCUUCCGCUUGGGUUUCAUUGGCUUCCUUGUUAUACUAUGUUGGUUCUGAAAAUGUUCAAGACAAGCGUAUUGGUAUCUUCUCCUAUGGUUCCGGUUUAGCUUCUACUUUGUUAUCCGUCAGAGUUGUCGGUGAUAUCUCCAAGAUCACCAAGGUUUUGGACUUUGACUACAAGUUGGGUGAAGGUAGAAAGAUUGAAUCUCCAGAACAAUUUAUUGCUGCUAUUGCAUUAAGAGAAGCUGCUCACUUGCAAAAGAGCUUUGUUCCAACUGGUUCCAUUGAAAACUUGAGUCAAGGUACUUACUACUUGGAAGAAAUUGAUGACAAAUUCAGAAGAAAGUAUGCUGUUAAGAAUUAAGCUUGCUAAUGUAAAAUCUAUAGUAUAUAUAUUUAUAUUU